UCGCUAUCUGCAAUAAUGCAGAAGCACGAUCACUCCUUUUCAUUCCUGGUUGUCUGCUCUUUGGGUGUAUUCUUCUCCUACUUCAUUUACGGGAUCCUCCAAGAAACAAUAACGAAAACAAAAUAUGGCGAAAAUAAAGACGAAUUUACCUUUAUCAAGCCAAUGCUUUUUCUCCAAUGUAUGGUUAAUGCCACAUUUGCCUACAUCGUUCUUAAAUUCAGACGCGAACCUAAACCCCACAUAUCUCAAAAGGACUAUGCGCUCUGUGCAAUGAGCUAUAUCGGAGCCAUGUUCAGCAGCAAUGCAAGCUUGAGGCAUGUUAAUUAUCCGACACAAGUCGUUGGCAAGUCAAUAAAACCCAUUCCUGUGAUGCUGUUGAGUGUCCUUUGGGCUCGGAAGCGCUAUUCCCUAAAGAAGUAUAUCUUUGUCGGCAUGAUAACCGCUGGGGUUAUUCUCUUCAUGUACAAAGGAAACACUGCUCAGAAGGCAGAUGCUCAUGGACCUGGGUGGGGCGAAGUUCUUUUGCUUAUUUCCCUUGGUCUGGAUGGUCUUACUGGAGGAAUGCAGGAGGACUUUCGUUCACGGAAGCGAGUUGGACCUUACAACUUGAUGCUUAGUUUGAACGCUUGGUCUCUGGUUUACCUAGCCACAGCUAUUUUCGCUACCGGUGAACUGGUCCCAUUCAUAACCUUUGUUGAGCACUAUCCACACGUUCUUUUGAAUAUCCUUCUCUUUGGGGUUGUGAGUGCGAUCGGCCAGGUUGCAGUGGACUUGCGUCGCUUUGCCUAUGCAUUGGAUAUUUCGAAUAAGAGGAAAGAUGAGUCGAACUCCACUUAUGGAAGUCACCUUGAGCGCAUAGCUCAAGCCAUAAUGAAGUUGUUUCAGAUUUGCGCAGCUGAUAGCCGCACUGCGAUUGAGGAUUCAAAGAAGCGAGGAAUGAUGGGUUUGGCUAAUCAGCUCUUUAAAAUAUAUUUCCAAAUAAAUAAGCUGAACCUUUGCAAGCCAAUUAUUCGUGCUAUUGAAAACAUGAAUAUGGACGCAUACUUUAGUCUUGCGCAGCGCAUCACUUUCAACUACUACGUUGGCAGAAAGGCCAUGUUUGACGGCGACUUUAAAAUGGCAAAUACCUGUCUGACGUUCGCUUUCGAGCGUUGUUUGGCCUCGCAUCACACCAACAAGCGGCUGAUAUUGAUAUACCUAAUUCCUGUCCGAAUGCUUUUGGGCAUUUUCCCCCGAAAUUCGCUUUUACAAAAAUACAAACUGCAGGAGUUAGAAGGGAUCGCUAAUGCCGCAAGGACCGGAAAUGUUCAAAAACUAGGUGAAGAAUUACAGCGGUACGAGGGCUUCUUCAUAUCGUGUGGCAUUUAUUUGAUUCUGGAGAAACUGAAAAUGCUUACCUAUCGGAACCUCUUCAAAAAAGUAGCCGGAUUGCUUAAAACUCAUCUUCAGCCCAUUCCCGCCUUUACGGACAUCUUGAAAGUGAUGGGGGUGCGUUUAAUAUUUUUUAUGCAAAAUCAUUUGUACUUUUUUAAAAAAAAAGUGGAAGAUAUUGACACCGAUGAAACCGAAUGCAUUUUAGCAAAUCUCAUAUACGAGGUGAGUCUUCAGAAGUUUCUCACUUCCCUUACCUUAAUUAACGGUGGCAAAAUCAAGGGCUACUUAGCUCACCAACAGCAAAAACUCGUUGUGAGCAAAGUCCAGGCUUUCCCUCCACUAUGA